AUGAAGGCAACAACAAAUCUCAGUUACAGCCACUCCGUUGCGUCCAGCGCUAGCUCCACAUCAACAGCCACUUCGUAUAACGUCAACAGCAGCAGCAGCAGCAGCGGCGCCAAUACAGCGGCCACACCCACCGCACCGACUGCAUCCGCACUGGUAUCGGCCGCAACAACAUCAACAGCAACAACAACGAAGUCAACUAAAACGAAACCCGCAUUAAAGACGCCAAAAGUGAGCUUUGCACCGCUCGACAUCACCUUCCCGCCACCGAAUACGUCCGCUACCGGCAGCAGCUGUGCGCUAACGGCCACGUGA